AUGGGAACCGAGGCGCUGGAGGAAUGGAGACUUUGUGAACCAUCUGAAAGCCGUUGGUGCUUCGGCUUUCACAACUCGUGCUGGAGAUUGCUUCUCCUCAGGCUCGGUCAUGGACAGGAUGAUUACUUCCAGAAUGAGACGACCAUUGCAGAGUCGGUCUUCUACCAGCUCUAUUGCACUCCUUGUCUCGAAGCCUCCAGUUUCAAAUUUGGCCACGACUAUGAGGGCGCUGCGCAAACACACAAAUCGUUCGGGCGGCCUAAGGCAGUGGAUCUGAGCUUACACUUUUACGCUGACCCCUGUGCGAUUCCUUCCAUGGACGACUUGAAAGCGACUACCUUUGGCUUCUGCAAGGCACCUGACGGUUCGCUCUGGAAAGAGCAAGAUGGUGCUCGCCCGACGACUGCGACCGUGGUGGGCAUUGACUACCACAAUGAAGGGGGAAACUGUGCCUCUAGUCCCUUUGGGUCCAAUGACGACCGGCAUCUACUCCCAUUUCCUGAUGACACAAGAGAAGAAAGAUAUAAAAAACUGGAAAGACCCAAGCACCAUUUCUUCGAGGCACUCUCGCCUGAGCUGAAAUAUGAGAUAUUUUCAUAUUUAUCCUUUGAUGAGCUUCUGAAUAUGAGACUCAUAAAUGGGACUGGUCUCGGCUUUUCUUUUGGACCAGGGCAUCUCUAA